GAGUGAAAACACUUUUACAGAAACUAGAAGAAGAAGAAGAAGAAGAAGAAGAGAGAAAGAAAAUGUCACCAGUUGGAUUACCACCAGGUUUCAGAUUUCAUCCUACUGAUGAAGAGCUUGUCAACUAUUAUCUAAAGAGAAAAAUCAGUGGUCAAGAAAUUGAACUUGAUAUCAUUCCUGAAGUUGAUCUUUACAAAUGUGAACCUUGGGAAUUAGCAGAGAAAUCAUUUUUACCAAGUAGAGAUCCAGAGUGGUACUUUUUUGGACCAAGAGACAGAAAAUACCCUAAUGGAUUCAGAACAAAUAGAGCAACAAGAGCAGGAUACUGGAAAUCUACUGGAAAAGAUAGAAGAGUUUCAUGCCAAAGUAGACCUAUUGGUAUGAAGAAGACUUUGGUUUACUAUAGAGGUAGAGCUCCUCAAGGAAUUAGAACUGAUUGGGUUAUGCAUGAAUAUCGCCUCGACGACAAAGAUUGUGAAGACAACUCCGGAUUACAGGAUACUUAUGCUUUGUGUCGCGUGUUCAAGAAAAAUGGAAUCUGUUCUGAUAUGGAAGAGCAACAAGGACAAUGUAGCAUGUCACUAAUUGAGUGCUCUCAAACCAUAAUCAAUGAGUGUGAAACAAUGUCACCAGACAUACUAGGAACAUCAUCGUCAUGCUUAGAAGAGGACGACAAAGAUGAUUCAUGGAUGCAAUUCAUUACAGACGAUGCAUGGUAUUCUUCUAAUGCAGCAAUGGUUGGUGGUGAAGAACUUUCACAUGUUACAUUUACAAAUUAAUAUUUUGAAGACUUUUAAUAUGGAAAUCAAGAUUGGUGGUGAAUAACUUGAAAGCUGGAUAUAUAAUUAAAUAUAUAUACAUUUCAUCAUAUAAUAUAUAUUUAUACCCUUAUACCAUAUAACUGUUAGUAAGAGAUUUAAUUAACUUUUGAUUUUCUGAUUAUUAUACUUGUAAUUGGUGAUUAUGGUUUGGUUUGGUUGGUGGACUUUGUUUAGGGUCAUAUUAAUUAUAUGGCAUUGGUUUUUAUGCAUUUUUGUACUAACCUCUAUAUUGAGGUCAUAUUGGUGUUACUUGUGGAAAAAAAGAUAAAUCACACAAGUGUUAGUCUCAUUGUAUUUCUCUAUGAGAAAGGAAUUAUAACAUUGAAGGGCAUAGCAAUUUGACAAUAUA